ACAGUGGGCUCACAGGCAGACAGAGCUGACUUUCAAACCGAGCUGCCCGCUGUCCUCGCACUCUGGGUGACAACAGGGACCUUGCAAUGAUCUCGCUGGACUUUAAUUUCAACAUUUUGACAAGGGACCUUUCGCAUUAUCUGGAAAAUCAAGUGAAAGUUGGAUUAUUCGGCUCGGGAGUAGGGCUGUCUCUGGUGCUCGGUUUUAGCGCAGCAUACACCUGCUACUAUUUGAUUUCAGUAGCGAAGAAGCCACAGCUCAUCUCUGGGGGUAAGAAGUUCUACCAGUUUCUGAGGGAACAAUGUCCAGUAGUGUCCGAGACCUACUACCCCACCUUUUGGUGCUGGGAGAGCCGCAUCCAGACUCUGUUGAGACCCUUUGUCACAGCCAAACCUGGGGUCAACUACAGAAAUGAGCUCAUUAAGGCGGCAGAUGGAGGACAGAUCUCUUUGGAUUGGUUUGACAACGACGACAGCCUCGCUCAUCCCGACCCCGCCACUAGACCGACUGUCCUCCUCCUCCCCGGUCUGACCGGCACUAGCCGAGAGUCCUACAUCCUGCACAUGGUCCAACAGAGCCGAGAUCUGGGUUACAGAUGUGUGGUAUUCAAUAACAGAGGGGUUUCUGGUGAAACGCUCCUGACUCCGAGGACCUACUGUGCAGCCAAUACAGAAGAUCUGGAGACAGUUAUUGAGCACAUCCAGAAGAAUAAUGAAGCUGCUCCCAUCAUGGCUGCUGGAGUAUCAAUGGGAGGGAUGAUGCUCGCCAACUACUUGGGGCGCAAGGGCCGGGAAACCUGUCUGAAAGGGGUGGUGGUCUUCUCGGCAGGCUGGGAUGUAUUUGAGUGCACCGCGUCACUGGAAAAACCCCUGGACCGCUUCCUCUUCAACUCCUACCUCACAAGCUGCCUGCAAGCCUCCGUGCACAGACACAGACCAGUGCUCGAGCAGAGUUACGACAUCGAUCAUGUCAUGAAGGCAAAGACCAUUCGGGAGUUUGACGAGAGGUUCACCUCCAUUAUGUUCGGCUAUCCUACCAAUGAUGACUACUACCAUGAUGCCAGUCCUGUCCACAGGCUGAAAUCUGUGCAGGUGCCAAUGCUGUGUCUGAAUGCUGCUGAUGACGUCUUUUCCCCGUCCCAUGCCAUUCCGGUGGAAGUAGUGAAGCAGAAUCCCAACCUGGCCCUGCUCAUAACUUGUCACGGCGGCCAUAUUGGUUUCCUGGAAGGCCUGUGGCCUCGGCAGAGCACUUACAUGGACCGAGUCUUCAAGCAGUUUGCUAAAGCGGUUAUCGAACAAGGCGGCCGACUCAACGACCUCUCCUGAUAAGAGAGUUUUACUUUCAUUCUUCCUCUGAAUUUCCUGCCUUCCUGUAAUCUUUUCUUCCAUUCAUGUCGUUCAUCUUACUUUGAGUGCUGCAUUCCAUACUUUAUUCCUUCCAACUAAUAUUUCCAUUCUUUCAUUGUCCUUCCUUCCUUCCUUCCUUCCUUCCUUCCUUCCUUUGACCUGUUUUCCCAUUCACCCUUUGCCUUCAUCUCUCGGUUCAUCAUUUGUGCCUUCCCUCUCUACCUAAUCCUAUUCUAUGUGUUUCCUUCCUUCCAUUGAUUUUCUUUUAUCAUUGUGCUUCCGUUCCAUUCUUCUUCCUGCCACAGGCAAAAAAAAAAAAAAACUUUCUUAUUUGAAAGGCGUAUCUUAUAUAUAUUAUAACGCAGCGUUUGUGUUGCAUUUAACAUGGCUUUAUUUAUUUCAUACAGUAAACAACUCAUUGUAUGUAACAUAGUAUGCUUUAAAAAAAAAAAAAACAAGAAUAGCUGUUCAUGUUAAUGUUGAAAAGCUGAAUCUGUGCUCAUCUUGAUUAGUUGCGUUAGCUAGCAAAAAAAAAAAAAGACUUUUACCUUGUGCAAUUAUUUGCGGUUAAAAUAAGAACUGUAAAUGAAAA